CAAACGUGUCUAAAUCAGUAUUAGACUCUCUCACACAGUCAGUCUGAAAUAUUUUUUACUGAUUGAAUCUGUAUACAGUAUAUUUUAUUUAAAAUUUCACAAACAGACAGUCUUUCUCAAUUCUCAUACUACAGACUCCUACAGUAUUACUACUAGUAGUAGUUACUAUUUCUGUCCCCACAACUUCAACACUCUACAAUAUUUCCCCCCUUUCUUCCUUCUCUUUCUCUUUCUCUUUCUCUUUCUCUUUCAAUUCAUUGGAUCACACUUCUCUUUCUAAUUCUCUCUCUAUAAAUCUUUCUAUCUCUUGGCUGCCCUGAAAAGGAAAUCCAUUAAUGUUUUACUCAAUUCCCUCAUUUUUGCCUGCCCUAAAAUAAAAUUAUAAAUCUUCUUAUUCUAGUACUAUUUCUACUGUUCCUAUAAAAAGAAACAUGGGAUUUAUUCCUUAUAUGUAACUUCUUUAAUUUCUUCCAAAUCUUUUCUUCAUCCAUGCAAAUUGUCUUUCUUUUUUUGAUCUGUAAUAAGUGUUCUCCAUCCCUUUUAGUCUAUAGCUAAAGGGUUGAAUAGGGGGAGGUAACCCUAGUGUUUUAUUGAACUCGAUAUUUGAUUUUGACAAUAAGAUGGAUUUUAUGAUGGCGAAUAUUGAUGGGAAUAGUAGUAAUAAUCCUAUCUAUUCGUAUAGUGGUUUCGGAGGUGGUGGUGGUGGAGGUGGAAGUGGGAAUGGAAGUUCCUUUACCCUUACCACAUCUGGGGGUGGUGUGGCCGUUGGGGGGUUCGACUCUGGGAGUAAUGAGCCGUCCCCCCAACGACAACAGGGAUCGGUCCAAUCCCUCCCUAGCAGGUAUGAGAACCAGAAGAGGAGGGAUUGGAACACGUUUAGUCAGUACCUGAGGAGCCACCGGCCUCCGCUACCGUUAUCACUAUGUAGCGGAGCUCAAGUGCUGGAGUUCCUCAGGUACUUGGACCAGUUCGGGAAGACUAAGGUUCACAACCAUGCCUGUCCCUACUUUGGUAUCCCCAACCCUCCUGCCCCAUGCCCCUGUCCGCUUAGGCAGGCAUGGGGCAGUUUGGAUGCUCUCAUAGGCCGUCUUAGAGCGGCCUACGAGGAGCAUGGCGGACGACCCGAGACUAACCCAUUUGGGGCUCGGACCGUCCGCCUUUACCUCAGGGAGGUAAGGGAUUAUCAAGCUAAGGCCAGAGGCGUUAGCUAUGAAAAGAAGAGGAAGAGGCCUCCUCCUAAGCAAAAGGCAAUUGGAAUGGGUCCACCAACAACAAAUUAAUUAUUAAUGACAAUCACUUGUACUAGCUGAGGAGGGUUUUUAUGCUGCAAAAAUGAAGAUCAAAUCAUAUGAUGAGCUUCUGCUAGCUGUUUUUUCUUUUCUUUUUUUUUUUCCACUUAUUUUUUUCCCCCUUAUGAAGAUGAUAACGACAACGACGACCGACGAUGAAGAUGUCAUCUUUAGUAAGUCUUUACAGUACUUCUCUAUAUAUGCUACUUCUUCACCCUCAGGCCUCAGCUCAAGUGUAACUGUAAUAUAUAUCUAUACACAUAAUUGCAAAACUACUAGCAAUCUAUUGGUAUUGGAUGAGUAGUAAUGGUUUUACUAAUUGCCUUUGUUUUUCAUUGGAUCAUACAAUGAUGAUUCAUAGUUUCAUAUACUAGUUUGUUUUAUGCAACCCCGAAUUUUAUGUUUUAUUCAUGUUGUUAUUUCUUCUUUA